UUGCAAAUUGUAUCCAUAAUAUCGUAAAUAAUGGAUUAUAAAUUGUUUGUCAUAUUUAUAAUUGCAUUAAAUAUGCGCCAAAUAUUUGGUGCAUUUCAAUACCCAGCGGUCAAAAGAGACGAUAGCUUUUCUAAAGACUAUUUUGGCACAACUGUGAAAGAUCCGUACCAGUGGUUAGAAUUUCCGGACACCGAUGAAACCAAAAGGUUUGUGACCGACCAAAACGGUGUCACUAAACCAUACGUUGAGACCAAUCCAUACCGAAAAGAAAUCACCAAAAAUUUCGAAGAUCUCUAUAAUUAUCCCAAAUAUGGCAUUCCGUCCAAAAAGGGCACCAAAUAUUACUAUUCGGCUAAUUCUGGUCUUCAGAACCAGAAUAUCAUAUACUCGACGGAAUCGUUGCAAUCGGCAGAAGAGCCCAAACUAUUCUUAGACCCGAAUCUGUUGAGCAGUGAUGGGACGACAUCUCUUCAGUUCACCUCAUUCUCCAAAGACGGCAAAUUCUGCGCCUAUGGUAUCAGUAAAGGCGGCUCCGAUUGGAUCACUAUUAAGAUCAAAGACACGGAAACAUUGGCCGAUUUGACGGAUGAGUUGAAAAAAAUAAAAUUCUCGUCUACUUCUUGGACUCACGACAAUCUGGGCUUUUUUUAUGCGCAAUACGACGAGUACGACGGGACGGGUGAGGGAACUGAUCCGGAACCGCCCAAGAAUCAGAAACUAUUCUACCAUAAAGUGGGAACACUGCAGACCGCGGACAUCAUGAUCACUAAAUUUGUAGAUAAACCUGAUUGGUUAAUAGGAACACCAGUAGUGAGCGAUGACGGGAAAUACGUGCAUAUCUUUCCACAGGAGGGCACGUCGACCAGCGCCUGGUAUUACGCAAAACUGGUCACUCCGGUCACCGCAGAGCUGACCUUCACUGCCGUCAAAGACAAAUCGGACGGCGAGUACUAUUACGUGACCAGCGAUGACAACUUGGUUUACCUGCGAACCAAUAAGAAUGCCCUUAAAUUCCGUGUGGUUAGAGUGGAUCUCGAUAAACCGGAUGAGGCCAAUUGGGAAAACAUAGUCCCCGAACACGCCAUCAGUGUAUUGAACGACGCGGUGGCCGUCGCUAAUGACUAUCUGGCCGUCGUAUACAUGAGAGAUGUCGUGCAGAUCAUUGAAAUACAUAAUCUCAAUGAUGGCAGAUAUCUGUGGGAUAUCGACACUCCCAUCGGCACAGUUGGCGGUCUGAGUGGUGAUCGAGACGGCAAAGAAUUAUUCUACAAAAUGACAUCGUUUCUCAAUCCCGGAAUUAUAUAUCGAUACGAUUUCAACACUAAUCCCAACACUAUUAGCGUGUUCAAGUCAUCGGUGAUCGCGGGUUUGGAUACGAGUGAAUUUGAGACCAAUCAGGUCUUCUACGCGAGCAAAGACGGCAAAGUGAAAGUUCCCAUGUUUUUGGUCCAUAGGAAGAAUAUCAAACUCGAUGGCUCUAAUCCCACCCUAUUGUACGCUUAUGGAGGCUUCAACAUCAAUAUUCAACCAGGAUUUGAUCCGUUGGGCACUUUUUUCAUUAAACACUUAAAUGGUAUCUACGCGGUGGCCAAUAUCAGAGGCGGC